GAGGACGUCUGUCAGGAUCCGCUCCUGACGGAGAAUGUUCAGCUGAGCGAGCAAGUUACAGUGAAGUUCGGAGUCUUUAAAGGAGAAAACCUCACCAGGGGCCAUUCUGUAUAAAUGAGAUCAAUCAGAAACACUAAGGAAGUGACGACAGCGGCCACGAGCGUGACGAACGGCGCGUUCGAAAAUACAACAAGGAAGUGGUCGUUUAUUGUGAAGGUAAAUAGCCAGCGGAGAUAAACGCCUCUUUAUUCCGCUGUGUGGACCGGCUUCGCUCGCUUGUCGGGUGUGAAGGCUGGUUGAAGUUAGCGCGGACUCGGCCUGGAGCCCGUUUGUGUUCUUAUCGAGGAUUUCUGCUCGCAGGCAGCUAGCUAGCUAGCUAUGAACACGGACGUGGAAUUUCACAUCAGGCAGAAUUAUCCGUGGAACAAGCUUCCCGCUAAUGUCAAACAGGACCCACUGUGGCCUGCGAAAGUUUGCCCACGCCUGACCUAGAACCUUCUACAAAAUGACUUACCAUCUCACCUGCCAGUUUGAUCUACCUGACCUACCUUUAUACCUACCUGACAAGUCAUCUUUCCACCUAUCUAGCCGUCUGUCAUCUUACCUGCCUCACUUUCUGUUUCUAAAUGUUCAACCCAGAUCUCCAAAAACUUGUUGGACUCUUCUCAGGGGAACAAUCCUGGAGUAAAUCCUCAGUGAAUGGACAGAACAUCAGUAUUCUACAAGUUUGGGGAACUCUCAGCGUGAAUAUGAGAAGCAUGUGCUGCUGUACAGCAUCCGCAACCAACUUCGCUUCCGCAAUAACCUAGUGCGCCACGUGAGAAAGGACGAGCGCAGGUAUUAUGAGGAGCUGCUAAAGUACAGCCGGGACCACCUGAUGCUGUACCCCUACCACCUGUCUGACAUCAUGGUCAAAGGGCUGAGAGUCACUCCCUUCUCGUAUUACAUAGGAAUAAUGGAGGACAUUAUGAACAGUGAGAAGAGUUACGACUCCUUACCCAACUUCACUGCUGCUGACUGUCUGAGGCUGCUGGGCAUCGGGAGAAACCAGUACAUUGACCUGAUGAACCAAUGCAGGUCGUCCAAAAAAUUCUUCCGCAGGAAAUCAGCACGGGAUCUGCUCCCAGCAAAACCAGUGGAAAUCUCUGUGGAGCCGUGGUGGGUCGCUCAGACAGGCUACAUCACUGAAGACGACAUCAGGAUCUGUUCUCCAGCUGAGAAGAAAGCCAUCGAUAAGAUGAUAGACUCUGGUCCCCAGCUGGCUGGAUCAAUGGAGUACAAUGUCGUCUUAAGCCUCUACAACAGGGGCUUCAUCUACCUGGACGUCCCCAUAUCUGACGACAGCUGCAUCUCAGUACCACCACUGGAAGGUUUCGUCAUGAACCGUGUCCAGGGCGAUUACUUUGAAACUCUUCUCUACAAAAUCUUUGUCUCCAUUGACGAGCAGACAAAUGUAUCAGAGCUGGCCAAUGUGUUGGAGAUUGACCUGGGCUUAGUGAAGAAUGCAGUAUCCAUGUACUGUCGUCUUGGGUUUGCUGUCAAGAAAGGUCAGGUGAUCAACUCUGAUCAGCUUCAUCCAACUUGGAAGAAUGCUCCCUCUGUCAACAGGCUGAAAAGCACCAUGGACCCUCAGAAGAUGCUGUUGUCCUGGGAACAGGGCAGUCCAGUGAUGGAGGGAGGCUCCUCUGCUACUGACACGGACACCACCAGUCUGGAAGACCAAGCCGACACAGCCAGUGUCAGCAGCCUGAGCAUCCCAGCUCCACCCACCAAGAGGAUCGCCUUCCUCUUCGACUCUACCCUAACUGCCUUUCUCAUGAUGGGCAACUUGUCUCCGAACCUGAAGAGCCACGCGGUGACCAUGUUCGAGGUGGGCAAGCUGUCAGACGAGACUCUGGAUAGUUUUCUGGCUGAGCUGGAGAAGGUGGAGAGCACAGCAGAGGGAGAGGCUCAGCGUUACUUUGACCACGCUUUGACCCUGAAAAACACCAUCCUCUUCCUGCGCUACAACAAAGAACUCACUCAGGAUCAGGGACCAGACAUCCCAAACAUAGGUUUCCCUUUGGACAUGUUGCGCUGUGAGAGCCUGCUGGGUCUGGACCAAGCCACCUGCAGCCGGGUCCUCAACAAGAACUACAAGCUGCUGGUGUCGAUGGCUCCGCUCAGCAAUGAGAUCAGACCCAUCAGCAGCUGCACGCCUCAGCACAUUGGUCCGGCCAUCCCUGAGGUGAGCUCCAUCUGGUUCAAGCUGUACUUGUACCAUGUGACCGGCCAAGGCCCGCCCUCUCUGCUCCUCUCCAAAGGCUCAAGGCUCAGAAAACUACCAGACAUAUUCCAGGUCUAUGACAGGCUGCUGAUCACUUCCUGGGGUCACGACCCAGGUGUUGUCCCCACAUCCAAUGUGCUUACCAUGCUCAAUGAUGCCCUCACACACUCUGCUGUUCUCAUACAGGGCCAUGGUAUGUAUGGUCAUGGAGAAACAGUCCACAUUCCUUUCCCAUUUGAUGAGGAGGAUCUGAAGGGAGAGUUCUCUUACUCCAACAUGUGUGUACACAAGGCCCUGCAGAAGCUGAAGAAACAUGUGGACCUGGAGCAUCAGUGCGGCUACAUCACCAUGCUCAACUCCAACAACAGGCACCGUCGCAGGGCGAGCGACAGUGCCGAGUGCAGAGGUGAGAGAGGAGACACUCAUUUAGGUGGAGGCCUGGACACCAAUGGCAGCACUGAGUCUUUUGAGCUUGUGACAGAAGAGAACAAUGGAGAUGGCAAAGGAAAAACAGACACCCUCUCGUCUGAGGAUGAGUGGGUCCCUCUGGAGCUGUGCUUCGGCAUGCCGCUCUUCAGCUCAGAGCUCAACCGCAAAGUGUGUCGAAAGAUAGCCUCACACAAACUCUGCAGCAAUGAAAGCCUUCAGGAACUGCUUCUGUCCAGCCGAAAGUUAGCGCUGAAGGUGCUGAGCUUUGUCCAGUCAUUCCAGGACGGCAGCCAGUCCUUCGACGCAGACAGUGGCGUGUCAAACCCUCUCAGUCAGCCCCCAGCUGAGUCCGGUGUCCCCCUGCCGGCCCUCAAUCUCUUCUUCAAGGACGGUCAACUUCAGGAGUGGAGUGGGCGGGCCCCACCUCCUCUGAACAUCUCGGCCCUGCAGAAGGACCAGCCCACAUAGACCAGUCUUCACUGCUCCUCUUCCACAUGCGGACACGAGGUAAAACAAUGUUCGUCCUUUGUGUCACUGAGGAAAUUCCUACAUGCCCAAGGUUCAACCCUGCACUUCCAUAUCUGACCACCAGGAAGCACUCAGUCAUACACACUGUCCUCCUGUCCACCAGUAACCAGUCAUCGGGGAGUGAUGAGCCUAGCCAGCACUUUUGUCAUUUACCACCUGUAUGAAGAAACCCCUGCUCCCCGGCCCCUUCCUCCACUGCUGUUUCCCUCAGAUUUGUAGGCAGUGUUUUCAGUUGGAGAGGUGCUAUGAUCACAGUGUGUUACAACGGUGCAGGUAAACAGCGUAUAACCAGGACGACCAUUUCAGUGGAAACACGAAGGCUGUUUUCCUCUCCACCUCCUCCACCUCUUCCCUGCCUUUAACCACUGGAUGUUUUGUGAUCCCUCAGAGCGGAGUGUAAAGUCAUCUGUAUUGUAUAGAUGUUUUUCAAAAUGAUCCUCAAAAUUUAAAAGAAAAAAAAAAGGAAGAUGUUGAAGCGACUUCUUCAGGAAUCAUUUAACAAUCUGCAUAUUUUAAUUACAAGUCUUUUGGACUUGUCAGAGAGAGGAGAGUCUCCGCCUCCCCCGUUUAGUGUCUCAUGUUUAUAGUGAUUUGUUGCAUGACACUGUUGCACAACUUGUACCAUUAAAAAAAAAAUCCCUUUUCUCUUUACUUGUUACAAAAUUCGGGGCAUUUUUAUUUGCACUUUACAGGAUUUCACCCAACCGGAGUAUGAAGUGAUGUGAUUUAGUUUUUCUCUUCUUUUGGAUAUUACAUUCUGUAUGAUUUUAGAUUUCCUUUAUAUUUGCAAAAAGGAAGUGUUUCCUGUCUCCGUAGAUCAGAGGAUUGAGAAAGGCUCAAGAUCAUAACCGGUUAUUUUACCCUUUCUCAGUGCAAAAGGAAACACCAAAGAAUGUUCUUUUUCAUGUCAGGAAAUUACUUCUGUUCUUUUGUCAUUCUUUUUGAUUUUGUGCCUUGUUAUUGUCAGCCAAUCAAAAGUCAGGUCUUAAAUCGAACCAUCUGCUUUCCUUUGUUCUUGAUUAUUUUCAAAUGUAAGGUUUACAUCAUUUGAAAUGAUUCAUGUGCUUUGACUGAUGGUGUUUUAAAGCCAAUAUUGGGACACAAACUAGCAACCUUUGUCUCUGCUGAAGACUUAGGUGAGGACAUUUAAAGGCACAGGUCAGAAAUAGUCUGGUUUACAAACAGUUUCCAAGGGAUUCUGUGUACGUUGUGGUUUUGUUUUCCAGAGUUUGUAAUGCAGAAGACAACAUUGCUGUGAAGGCUUUAACACACCCGCACACUCACAUGUUUAUUCCCAGACACGUUUUGGUCCAAAAACACUACCUUCAGCCUGUCAAGAGUUUUGAGCUCAGCUUCAAUGUGACAUUUUACCCUGAGUGUUAACAAGUUGUGAUGUUGACCAGUUAUUUUUUUACCAGCCUCCUACAGACCUUGAUUCAUCUGUGGUUGUUGUUUCCAAUAACGUGGUGAUGACAUAGAGAAAAAACCAACAGUUGCCAUAAGGUCCUGUUGUAGCAUGAUGACUGUGUAGAAACUGUUGUGUGUGUGUGUGUGUCUGUUGUGUAUGUGUGUGUAUCAUGUGACCUCAUACACACCCACCUGUCACAACAGGAGUUCCCUCCCAGUCCUGCCUGGUUGUUUAGUUAUUCGUCAUCCCAGAUAUUCCCACUGCUCCCAGGUAUGUUCACCAGUACAUUCACCAGAGUAUUACAAAUGGCUAGUUUUAUAUGUCGGUCUAUAUUUUAGAGAAUCUUAGUUGUAGCGUGUUUGACGAGAUGAGUAAAUGCUUUAAAAAAAAAGAAAAGAAAAAAAA